UUCCCCGUGUGCUGUACUGUGCGCGUGCGAUACGUAUAACAUGGAGGGACGCACUCUUUUCGUUCUUGUGACUGUCGUUUACCUAGUGGAAGCAAAUCACGACUUUAACUAUGACGAUCAAGGCGAUCUCGAUCCUUCCCACUGGAAAUAUGUUCCCGGAUGGAGCAAGUGUGGAGGAAAAAGACAAUCUCCUAUCGAUAUCAAUACGGAACACUUCACUUCCAAUGACGAAAACAAUAACGUCUUCCUGUUGAAAUCUGAGCACAGCACAAUCGAUGGAUAUUUUGAAAAUAAUGGUCAUGCACCAACGUUCCAGAGCAACCUUAAUUCAAGUGGGACAUUGCAACUAGAGUCGCAAGGAAAAGCGUACGAUUUCCGAAAUCUGCAUUUCCAUUUCGGGGUAGAGCCCAGCAACGGGUCGGAACAUUCCGUCGACGGGAAAUAUUAUCCUGCAGAGGCUCACCUAGUCCACACGAGGAAAGAGGAAGGAGGCAUGUCCAUUGUCGUCAUAGGAGUGUUCCUCUCCCUACAGGAAGAGGAAUCUGCUGAACCUCCAAAUGCUGAAGUAAAACGGAUUGUAGAAGACUAUAUUGGAAACAUUGCAACUCUCCACGCCGAGAUUAAAGCUGAGAUCAAACCGUACGCUGUUCUGCCAAACGAGCAAGAUUGCUACACGUACACUGGGUCCCUGACCACGCCCCCUUGUACGGAGGGAGUCCAUUGGAUAAUAAUACAAAAACCAAUAGUCAUUUCUCGAAAGGACCUUGACAUACUCCGCUCCUUACAUGGUGAAUCGGACCUCAUGUCAGACGAUGGGAUCAGACGACCCACUCAGCGGAAAGACGUACCCGACGUCAGCGUUGGGGAAUUGGAACACUGACUCUGUAGUUUAUCAACAUGUAAAGCACUACUGUUAUGACAUCAAAACAACUUUUUGUCUGAUUUUCAUGUCUCUUAUGUUCUUUGUACAUUGCCUCACAGGUUUUCUUGGAAAAAUAACACAACUAUUUACAAUUUACAACAUUCGGAGUGGAUAUUUCCCAGUAUCAUAUCUUAUUGUUCCCAUGACGUCAUAGUUUGGUUCUGUUUUCUUGCUAUCUCUCAAAACCUUAGGGGAUGACGGAAACAUCCUGAACAUGUAAAACGGGAGAUAGUUAUGUAAAUGGUGGGAGGAAGGUUUGAAGUCUUGUUCUAUAUACGGACGGUGACUCCGUUGUUGUCCGACAGAAUAGUUUCUGUCCUACGUAAAUUUGUGGUAGGGACCCGGUCGCACCCUGACAUGUUUUUCCCUUGUUUCCUUACUUCUGAUCUGAGAUAUGCCGUUAUGAUAUCUGUUGUUUCUGCUUUGUGUUUGUGACUUCUUUACUAACGUACUUCCCCGUUAUUUCAUCAGUAGUUUGGACAAUUUGAAUUUCCAACGUUUUGGAAAUUAUUUGCUUUUCGAUGUUUUGAGGUAGUUGUAUCCUUUUCAUCAUCUGAUCAUGCAGUGAAUCCUGGUUUAGGAAAUAUUCACCAAUACCCACAGGAUAUAAAUCAUUCCAAGUCAUUGUAUGGGGCCAUUCAAUCUCAGGUGCGGUUAAAAGACUGGUUAUUUGGGCUGAGUUAUUAGCUCUGUAGGCGGGGCCUAUUUUAUCAUCAAAUUGUUUCUGUUUAAUCAAACAUGAAACUAUGUACAAAAUCCACCAUAAAUACGAAAAAAUAUCAAUUUCAAAAUAACUUGUGUAUCGAGUAUUUGGCUAUAUUCAUUCUCCAACGGGUGCAAUUAGAACCGAGUAGAAUAAUAUUACACCUAUUUUUCAAGAACUUUGUGUUUAAUAUGAACUUUUAAAUUCAGAGCUUAAAUUUUUUUACCAACAUUAUGUUGUUUCAGCAAUCGGUGAAAUUAGACCCCUUAGCGUGACCUUAUACAUAUAGAUGUAUAUGGCACGUACAAAUAUCAAUCUAUUAUUACUUGUAUAAUCUAACUUGUCAUUGUUGAUAUUGUGCACUUUGUUAGUAUUGUAUUAAGUACUUAUGCAGAAGUUGAGAAUGAAUAAACAUUCCUGUCCUUUCCUUCAAA